GUCAUGCAGCAGUGCGAUCUUCGCUCGUCUACAUUAGUCUACGGAAGUCGUUGUCUUGAGGUUUGUGGAAUCUAAAGGAAAGGACCGGAUUGUCCUAGAUUGUUCAUCAAAGGAUUCAAACAAUUCACUACCGUUGUUCCUGGUAGCAGCUAGGCCGUAGGGUAGAGGCCAGAGGGCCUUCUGACCCACAAUGUCGAAUAACUCAAAUCGGGUACCCUGGUCUCGCGGAACUGAAGUGGUGGGUAAAUUCCAGUUUAAGGGCCGGACAGGAGAGGAUCUUCCUUUUGAAAAGGGUGAGGUGCUGUGUAUUGAAAGUGUUACUCGGGACCCCAAUUGGUACAGAGCUUCAAACUCCGUUGGACAGAAGGGAAUGAUACCUUACAAUUAUGUUGAGGAAAGUAAGAGAGCUGUAAAACUUCAUGCAAUGCCAUGGUUUCAUGGCAAGUUCUCUAGACAACAGGCUGAAGAACUCCUUGACCCUUAUGAUGAGGGCUUGUUUCUGGUUAGAGAAAGUGUCAAUUACCAGGGAGACUAUUCUCUUUCUGUUUGCUAUGGUGGCAAAGUUGAACACUACAGAGUAAGGUACACAGAUGACAACAAACUCACUGUGGAUGAUGAUGUCUAUUUUGAAAAUCUCACAAAACUUGUCGAGCAUUAUGAAAAAGAUGCAGAUGGGCUUUGUACAAGACUGGCCAAACCCUUGAAGAAGAAAGGAGGAAACUAUGAUUUUUCUGUUGAUCCAGAAUCAUUUGAAAAAGAGGGCUGGUCUAUACAACGCAGGGAAUUGUGUCUUGGAAAGUCUAUUGGAAAAGGAGAGUUUGGAGAUGUUCUUCAAGCUGAGUACAGAGGAAAGAAAGUAGCUGUCAAGUCCCUGUUAAAAGACACUCAUGCCGCUCAGACCUUCCUAGCAGAAGCUUCCAUCAUGACGAAUCUGAAUCACAAAAACCUUGUUAAAUUAAUAGGUGUAUCAGUUGGAAAACCUAUUUACAUUGUAACAGAAUUUUGUGGGAAAGGAAGUUUAGUAGAAUACCUAAGAACAAGAGGAAGGACUGUGAUAGGACAGAAGGACCUAGUAGGAUUUGGAAGGGAUGUUGCUGCUGGUAUGGAGUAUUUAGAGUCAAAGAAUUUGGUCCACAGGGACUUGGCUGCUAGGAAUGUUUUAAUACAUGAAGAUGGCACAGCAAAGGUGUCAGAUUUUGGACUUGCACGUGAAGCCAACUUUAAUUUAGAAGGAGGAAAGUUCCCUAUCAAGUGGACAGCACCUGAAGCCAUCAAACAUGGGAGAUUUUCAACACAGUCUGAUGUGUGGAGUUAUGGUAUUUUACUAUGGGAACUGUUUUCAUUUGGUAGGACUCCAUACCCCAGAGUGCACAUAGAUAGUGUGAUGGAUAAAAUUGAAAGUGGGUACCGCAUGGAGUGUCCAGAUGGAUGCCCAAGUAAAGUUUAUGAAGUGAUGAGAGAUUGCUGGGACAUCAAUCCAAGUCAACGACCAACAUUCCACAAAAUAUACACAACCCUAGAGCAGGUUCAUCGAUCAUUUUUACCUGUUGGAAACUGAUGCUUUCUUCUUGAGUUAUAUCUACUUUUUGGUAAUUAGACCAAAGCUUUCAGAGUGAGAAAUGUUUUGAUUGUCAAUGUCAGUCUAUCUUUUCAUGGUGAAAAAAGUUUAAUUAUUAACUCAAUGAAGUGGUUGCAUCUCAUUUCAUUUCCACACAGAAUUUUGAAGAAAUUUAUGACCAUGUUGCCUUAGUUUUGUGUUUCAAUUUUUUUUCUUCUACUUGAUUAGGAAAGUUUCUUUUGUUAGUCUUGGCAAGAAAAUAAAUUUGUAAAGUUAGCAUUCAAUUUUUAUUUAUCUUUGAAUUUCUAUGUUGAAACAAUAGCUAUUGCUUAGCCAAUAAACAAAUUGGUAAUUAAUGCAAUAUUGAUAUGGAAAUGACAACAUGCCUAGGUAACAGUAUAUAACAGAUUUUUUGUUAGACAUCUGUGAAAUAUUUAUCUGAUUCAUUUUCCACAUCAGCUAGAGAUGUAAUUUUAGUGAUAGACAAAAAUGAAAGAAGACUAACAUGCAUAAAUCAUAUGAUUUUCUUUUGUUCUAUUGAUUUGCUCACCCCAAAUAGUUCAUCUAAUCAAGCAGUGUUUUUAUCUCUUUUUACCCUGAAGGGAUGAAGUCAGAAUUUAGAAUUUAGCUCCAAACUCGACAAUUUCUUACCAAUCCUCCAAAGUUAGUGACAGUUUUUGAAACUAUAAGGACUUAAAAUGUAUAUUUAAUGAACCUUGGAAAUCAGUGUCUAUUUUAUACACAAAUAGUACUUUUGACUCUAAAGCAUUUAAGCAGUUGAGCUGCAAAUGUGUAGGUCUAAAAGUAGUGAUGAGUAAAUGUUUGCUUGUUGGAUGUUACUGGGUAAAGAGAAGAAAGUUACAUAUAACUUAUUAAUCAGUUCCCUCAACAAUAUCCUUGCAUUAUUUGGCAAACUAUUGAUAGUAUGUCACUUAGAUAUUACAAAUCAAAUUCUUUUAGCUACUUUUAAAGACAAUUAUGGUAAUCCAAAGAAAGACACAAUGCUACGACGCAGUUUAAAGAUUUAUUUUUGAAACUUUUAAGACUUAUAGCAACUGUAUUAAAUCUGACCUCACAGCACAGCCUGCUGCUGUGUUGAAAGAGAUGCAUUCAGGGCCUAAUUGCAUGUAUGUUGUAAGUCCAAGAGAUACUUUAGGAGCAGGAAGCUUUUCUAGGUGCCCCAUAGAUAAAGGCAGGCUCUACAGAAAAAUAACAGGUUCACAAGCAAAGUUUUUGAAGUAAGGAGGUGUUGAGGGGUGUAAGAGAAUGUAAAAUGGCCAAUGAAGGCAAACAAUGUUAAGUUGCCCCUGUUUUGGUGAUUGGAUCUUGUUGCUUUUUUUAUUCCGAGGACUGAUGACUAUUUGCAAUUAUUAUUUGCCAGAUUACAAGCUAAGGCUAAACACUGGCACAUCUCAUUGGUUCUCUUUGAUAGAAUGGGAAAAAAAAGCUGUUGUAGGUUUUGAUCUGUGGUUUAGCAACAUUUUUUUCUCACUUAAGAGCAAUUUAAGUAAUAAUGGAAGUAGAUAAAUUAGUUUCACAUUUUUAAGCAUCUGUAGUAAUUUCAACUAUAUUCAUAUCCUUUAAUCCUUUGAUCUUCCAAUCACAUGGUAACCUAGUUCAAAUUGAAUCAUUGGAAACCAACCAAUGCAUUGUUUCUUUUUUGAUUCACAUAAAUGAUUUGCCACAAGAACUAAUUUUAGACCAUGGAAAUUUUUGGUCGCUCUGUUGACAUUGCUCUGUUAACAUUGGUGAAAUCUCAAUGUUUGAAUAUUGAGCAUCAGCAGAUAUAAGUGAAAAAAAUCAAUGUUAAGUUCUUUGCACAUCCAAUACUUUGUAAAGGAAGAAUCAUUUAGCUUGAAGAACUUAAAAGUUGUACAAAACUAAAAUAUAUGGAAGGAAUAUUACUUUAAACUUCAUAGCAGUGUUAUUAUUCUAUGCCUUAAUCUGGAAGUUUAAAUAAUUUUAUUGUAAGCUGUGUUUAUCCUUUGUCACCAUCCAUAAUAUCCAUUUUUUUAAAUUUAUUAGGAUUAGCAAUUCUCUGACCAUCUUAAAAAUUGUUUCUAUUGAAAAGUUCAAUCUGAUACUUCUUAGACUAAUUUUAAACUUUAAAAAAAUUUUGGAGUCUUCAGUUUUUGUAAAGCAUGCAAAAAAAUGUAAUUUUUAUUGCAUAUCUUCAUUUAAUUGUUGUAGUUCUGUCUUUGGUUAUUCUAAUUUCUUAAGUUGUCAUGGAUAUGGAAGCUAUUUUUUAUACACAAGUGUUUAUAGGAAUAAAGAACAACAGUUCUAUAGGGUGA